UUAACAGAAGCUGUGAUGAUAAUCUACAAGAUGUGUGCCUAAUUUGUGAAGUUAAAAAUAAUUAACAAGAGAUAAACUUGCAUAUUAUCAUUAUUAUUGACUAUAAUUACUAAAUACAUAAAUUCAAAGUCAUUAGUAAUCGAAUUUUUUUUUUAUAAAUUUAACCUAAAAUUUGCAUUAGUAUUAUUUCAUUCAUAUUAUUCCAUCGUUACAAUGUCUUUUAAGAAGGAUUUAAAGUUACUUUUACGUCCAUAUUAUUUAAUAAAUAUUAUUCUUAGUAUCUCUUAUAUCGUUGCUAAAAGACUUCCUUUAAUUUGUUAUUAUAUUUUCGCACAAUCAGAGUGCGAACUUGAUGGGAAAGAAACAGAAAUCUUAUUUUUCCUCAUGAUAGUAAUAAUGAUCAGAACAAGAAAAACUGGAAGUGUAACUAUGAUAAAUUAUUUGUCAUCCAGUUUUGUUUACACAAAAGUUGCCAAUUUGGUCUUGUGGUUUUAUGCAGAUAUACGUAUGGGAAUUUUGUUUGCAAUUAUUUUUAUUCUAUGCGGUUUAAUACUACCUGAACCAACAUAUCAAGGACCAGAAAAUGUUAUUUAUUUGCGUGGUGCAAAUGGAUUAGAAGAAGAGUUAACACGUGAUACUAAAAUAGUUUGGGUUGUAGCAUUUUAUACUGCAUGGAAUCCCUCUUGCGUUAAUUUUGCUCCAAUCUUUUCUGAACUUUCUGCAGAAUAUGCUCUGGACAAUUUGAAAUUUGGUAAAGUGGAUAUAGGAAGAUAUCCUGAUGCAGGUGCUAAGUAUCACAUUAGUGAUGCUAGUACCAGCAAACAGUUGCCUACCGUGAUACUAUUUAAAGAUGGAAAGGAAGUAGAAAGAAGGCCACAUGCUGAUCAUAAGGGCAAACUUGUUAAAUUCCUUUUCUCUAUGGAUAAUGUAAAAGCAGCAUUUGAUCUUAAUAAUAUCUAUAGAGAGUGUAAGAAAAGUCAUACUAAGAGAAAAGAAAAAAAAGCUAUAAAGGCUGAGUAAUACUAUUUAAAUAUUUAAUAGUGUGAAAGAAUAGUGAACUUUAUUGGAAAUGGUUUCUACUAUGUAGCAAACCAUUCAAUAUAGUCAUUAUAAACCAAAGCUUAACUCAAAACAAACUUUAAAGCUCUGUAAAUAUUUCCAUUAGGUCCAUUAUCGUUUUAAGAAGUUUUUAUAACAGUCCAAUUCGCUGUUAUAUUUUUAUUGUUAAUUUGUUAUAUAUAAAUCUUCUUUAAAUGCAUAUAUCAAUAAUCAAUUGCUUGUUAUAAAAGUAUUAAAAUACAUAAUGCACACACAAUUUA